CCACCCCAAGAGGUCCCAGGCUAAUUACGUCCUCCAUGAUGUAACCCCUUGGCUUUUCUCAUCAAUAAGUAGAGACAGCAGCAGGAAUCAUACAAGUUGCAGGGCUCAACUUCAGAAGCUUGCAACAACUCUCUCCGAGGAUCGAUGGCGGAUGAAGAGAAGAAAAGGGUGUGUGUGACCGGGGCAGGAGGCUACCUCGCUUCAUGGCUCGUCAAGCUGCUUCUCUCCAAUGGAUAUUUUGUCCAUGGAACAGUUCGAAACCCGGUAGAUGAGAAGAAGAAUGCUCAUCUAUACGAGCUUGAUGGAGCUUCCGAGAACCUCAGACUUUUCAAGGCAGAUUUGCUGGACCAAGAUUCGCUCCGUUCUGCCAUUCAAGGCUGUGCCGGAGUAUUUCACGUUGCGAGUCCCCUCCCUUCCAACCACGCUGGCAUUGAAAAUCCUGAGAAGGAACUAAUAGAGCCUGCUGUGAAGGGCACAUUCAAUGUGCUCCAAGCGUGCCUUGAAGAGAACGUAAAGCGGGUUAUCGUGGUGUCCUCUGGAGCUGCUGUUUCCAUGAACCCCAACUGGCCCAAAGAUCAAGCCAUGGACGAAACCUGCUGGUCUGAUGCUGAUUUCCAGAAGUCACAAAAGAGCUGGUACCCCCUCUCGAAGACUCUAGCAGAACGUGAGGCUGUGGAGUUUGGAAAGAGAACUGGUCUCGAUGUAGUGAGGGUGUGCCCUGUAUUGGUUUUGGGGCCAAUGCUUCAGCGCACGGUGAACGCAAGCAGUUUGUUUCUCAUCAGGCUGCUCAAAGGAGGGAAUGAAUCAACCGAUGACAGGCUUAUGAAGAUAGUGGACGUCCGGGACGCAGCUAAAUCGCUGCUUCUGGCUUAUGAAAAGCCAGCGGCGGAAGGUAGAUAUAUAAGCGCAUCUCAUAUGAUCAAGAGUGGGGAUCUGAUGGCGAAAUUGAGGACACUUUAUCCACAGUACAGUUAUCCUAGAAGCUUUAACAAGGUAGACGAAGGACCAAACUUGACUUCGGAGAAGAUGCAAAAACUGGGUUGGAAGUUCAGAACACUAGAAGAGACACUCAUCGACUCCGUGGCAUGCUACAGGGACGCCGGACUCUUGGAUUGAAACGCGUUAUGUACUUUCUUUUUUAAGCCGCUGAACUUCAGAGGAUGCUCAUUCCAGACAAAUUAUCGUCCUAUCAUUGAUGUUUACUAGUGAGAUCAUAUCGCGUACAGCUGUUAGACAAUGCAGGCUGAUUACAGUUAUGUGACCUGCUACUUAGUUAGUCAGUGCUUAUGGAUCGGUGAUAAGAAAUGUGCCAUCAUUGCUCUCUAAA